ACGAACAAGUCACGCCGAACAAGAGGACGUUUUUUUUUCAAAGGUGUUUUGUGUUUGAAACGGAGGGGAAUUUCACUCAUAUGAGUGUGUCGACAAUAUUCAUAAACGAGGAACUAUUUAAAACGGGCGGCUCAUUAAGAAAGGAGAUAUGACGAGCUGUUGGCUAUUGGCAGCAGCGCUCACGGCUCUGAUGGGCCCAGUUUCCAGUCUUAGAGUGACGGGAUUCAAGGUGCCCAGUAUAGCGCUGAUUGGAAGCGACGUCGAACUGGACUGCUCCUUCAGCGCGGCCAGAAAUGCGAAGCUCUAUUCAGUGAAAUGGUACCAAAAUCACGAGGAAUUCUAUCGCUACAUGUUCAGCGAACGGACACCCGUCACGGCAUUCACGCGCCCAGGAAUCAACGUUGACUUGGCUCGAUCGAACAAUAGCAGGGUGACGCUUAAAUCGGUCAACUUUAACUCAUCGGCCACUUUUCGGUGCGAGGUAUCGGCAGACGAGCCUGACUUUGAGACCGUUUAUCGUCGAGCCAACAUGACUGUCAUCCAGGUUGCCGAAGACGGACCGCUCAUCAGCGGCCUGCGGGAUCAAUACGAGCUGAACGAGCAACUGGACGUUAAUUGCACAUCGCCGUCCAUCACGCCCAACAUCGGCGCCCAUCAGAGCAAACUCUCCUGGCAGCUCAACCGACAAACGGUGGACGGUCAGACGAUUCAAAUGCAGUCAGUUGAUCCUUCCCAGACCGUUAUCAACUUACGUUUGAUCCUAACCGAACGCCAUUUCGAUCCAAAAACGGGUUUGCUUCGUCUUAACUGUUCGUUCACUGUCGGACGUCCGACCGCCAUUUACUUCAAUCGCAGUCUGGAACUUAGCGCCGCCCUCAUGCAUCCAACGACCGUACUUGAUCCAAGACCAACCCAACGCUCAUAUAAAACCAAAGAUUCGCGCUCCGCUUCCUAUUCUUCAGGUGGCCGGCGGCAAUUUCGACUUUCACUUGUUACGUUCCUGGCCGUCAUUCCUUACACUUUGUGGACGUGUUGCAAUCCAUGCUGAUGGCGGUUUUGGUUUUCUUCUUGUUUGAUUUCAACAAGUUUUUAUUUGGGUUAAAUGUCUGCCAAAAAAAAAGGAAAUAAGGAAACCCUAAUAAACAAGCCGGAAGCGAACUCACCCAAAAAUGUCAAACCCGAGAUAUCUGAUGUGUCCAUCCCUCAUCGUCAUCCAACGUUUUCUUUUACUUUUUUUUUACAUUCACGUAAUUUUAAUUUGAAAAAAAAAAACAUUCAAUUCCCGAUUCAAUUUGAAGACACCUAUUGCCCAUCCUGACGUCAAAUUAGCUUCUAUAUAUUAUUAUAUAAAUAUGAUUGUAUAAAAGUGGAUAUAUCAAAAAGAACACAUCGCUGAUGGCAUCAGGUUUUUUAAUUAACGUGUCAGCAAGCAAAACGGGCAAGAACCCAACGCGGAGCCAAACGAUGCGGAGGAACAAACGGACGGAUGUAAUAAAAAACAAAGCCAAAACUUCAAGCAAAACAAAAUUCAAACGUGUGUAAUUACUACAACAAGGCAGUGGUUGUAUAUGUGUCAUAUCUCCUUUAAUCCCAAUCCACAAAACGAUGUCAUUUGUAAGGAGGAAAAGAGAAGAAGCUGAUUGCUAAUUAUUUGGUUGUUAUUCUUUUGUCUUCAAUAGAAAACGGGACGAACAAAUGAAUUAUUGGUUAAGGGCGCGUAUGUAAUAAUGAACACUUUUCACAUCUGUAUAAAUGAUGAUUCAAUACAUAUUUGACGGUGCUGUAACA